AUGGCUUCCUCCACUACCAUACCCGACACGCCUGAACAAGGCACACCACAUCAGCAUAAAUCACCCACCAAAGCUGUAUUGCUUACUCACAACCACAACCCCUCUCAAAACAAUGAAACCAACACCGUCAUCAUGCCUUCGCAUGUCUGGUGUAAUGGCUGUUCCUCUGGCAGUAUCAUCUUCGAUGUCACUGGCCAUAAAUUGAUUGCUCAAGAAGGGCUCAUUGCAUUGGUACAUGGCAAAUACCCAUCUCGCAGUUGUAUUCUCUUCCACAAAAAUGGCCCUCAUUGCCUUUUUGAGAUAAACUUUUUGCCUCAGAACGAUAUGGACAUCCAAAGAGCAUGUCAAACCUGUCUUCACUUCCCUGAUGAGAAGGUAACUUUACUUGCCACCUCAGGCCUGGAAACAGGCGCUGUUAUCCAGUGUAUCAGUCUCUCUCGCUUGCCCAUUUUUGAUCUGUCUGACCUGUUGUAUGGCCUACAAACUAGUCUUGUGCUGUAUGGCUACAUUCUCAACGUUGGAAUUUGCUGCGAGCCAAAGUUCCAAACAUUUUUAGAUGGUUUCUGGCUACCACGAGCUUCAUGCCUAUUUGGUGUUGGUAUUGUCACAUUGACAGUCAUGACUGUCAGAACUGCCCUGAACGCCCAGCCAACAAAUGACAGUGCUGAAUAUGUAACCAAACUGGGCACGUCAGAGACCAGUGCCCUUGGGCUCAAGCCAAGAACUCGCAUCCUUGAAAAGGAUCCCACCUGA